AACCCGGUCCCACCUGGAGCCAGGUUUCGUUACUUACGCCCCUUACCCCCGCUUCACCGAUCAUCUGCGCCAUUUGGUUUUUUGGCGCUUUCUGUUACGCUUCGAUAAGAGCAAAAAUCUCCGAAGCCUCCAUGGAUUUGGUUCCUGUAACAAGCCGAGAUCAUCAAUAUUUUUUUUUUUUCUAAAGGAAGUGAACAUGGGUUCUGAAUCUACCAUUCCCCCGAGUGUUUCGGGCGAGAAACCUCAAAGCCCAGGGUCAGAGCUUGUGAAACCAAUGGAUGGGAAUGGGCAAGUUGCCAAAGGAGAAACUCUGAAAGAAACUUCAUCAAAAUCAGUGUUUGUGAACUCCGAACCAAUGAGAGAGGAGCAAGUGCAAAAUGCUGUAAAUUUUCUAUCACAUCCUAAGGUUAGGGGAUCCCCAGUCAUCUACAGGCGUUCUUUCCUCGAGAAAAAAGGCCUCACAAGGGAGGAGAUAGAUGAAGCCUUCCGCCGUGUACCUGACCCACCUUCAACUGUUACAAGUGCGCAGCCAACUAUGCAAAAUCAAGAUGGCCAGUUGAAUUCAUCUGCAAAUAUGCAGACACAAACACAAACUCCACAACCUGCAGCAGCUGCUCCUACCGGUGUUGUUUCUACAGUGGCCACUUUAUCAAAGUACCAGUUUCAUUGGUCUCAUGCUUUUCUUGCUGUAGGGUUGCUUGCUGCUUCUGGAGCUGGAUCUGCCUUGUUCUUUAAGCAUGCUGUUGUCCCUAGGUUGAAGUCUUGGAUUAGAAAGGUGGUUUUCGAAGAAGACGGAGAAGAAGAAGGUGACAAGAAAAGAAAUUCAAAACCAAGUCUGGCUGAAGAAGCUGCAGCAGCUGCAAAGGCAGCUGCCGCUGCAGCUGCAGAUGUGGCCAAAGCCAGUCAGGAAAUGUUGAACUCCAAAAGUGGAGAGAAGAAGUACUUUGAGGCCUUUAGGAGUUUGUUGGAUGUCCAGGUAGAGGAAAUGAGGUCUAUGAGUAAUUCUAUUCAGAAAUUGGAGGCUACAAGAGACAUUGCUCUUUCGUCAAACAAGCAGACAGAUGAACAUACUCAAACGUUAUCAUGGAAUGUGAGGCCUUCAUCAACACCUGCAUCUAUGGAGCCCUCAGUUGCACCUUAUCCAAAAUCAUAUAUGGAGAUAAUGGCUGCGGUUCAACGAGGAGAGAAACCUGCUGGGAUCAGAGAGAUCAACGAUCUGCCUCCCAACCCUAAUCAGCUACCGUCAAAUCCUCAAUUAGCAUCUAGAGCAAAGCCAUGGGAGGUGGUCAGUCAGGCUCAAAACAACUCCAGCUCUGGUCUUCAGUCCCAUAUGAAUGAUGAAGGCUCAAGCUCCAAGGAACAAGAUAGCAGGCCUACUUCUCAGUUGAAUGGUUACAGUUCAGAACCUUGGUGGCAACAGAAAAGUGUGAGGAUCACAGAAAUUGAAUCUGAGACAACAUCAAAUGGUGCAGUUGGGGUGACCAAUCAGCAGGUGCCUCAGCGUGUGUGGGUUCCUCCCCGGCCACCGCCUGUUGCCAUGCCUGAAGCUGUUGCUGCAAUCCGACAUCAAAAACCAUUGAAUCUAAAGGGACAAGCUAGCCAUGAUCAGACAGGUGUACACCCUUCAGAUGACAUUGAUGAUGAAUUGCUGAGGGUCACAAAAGUAUCAGAAUCAGGUGGUCAACUGGAAAUCGACAAUGAGAGUGCGAGCCUGGAAUCCAGUGAGAUACAGGAGCGGGAAAUAAGUAAUGAAGGAAACUAAUGUGGGACCAGACUUACAAUCAUCCUCUGGUGUUACCCGUUUAGAGAGAGAAAUCAACAGAGCAACUUUCAUGCUUAUCAGAGCCAAGCCCUUGAACUGACUAUGACAGUGUCAGGAUUUGACGGCCAAAAGACAUGGCUAUAGUCCUACAUCCCAUGGAUGCAUGAGAGUUUUUGUGAACUCUGUGAAAUAAUUAAGCAUUCUCCAAAGCUGGUGGGGAUGGCUGUUGUGAAUAGUUCAAUAAGAGGAGUGAUGCUUCAAGGGCAUUGCUUCAGUUAUAUCAACAGGUUGGUGUUUAUAACAAAGAGAUUAACUAUGGUAGUGUUCUUAAGGGUCACCUUCAUACCCUCAAAACUGUUACCCGGCUCUGAGAAUUUACUGUUACCCUGGACAAAAUUGCAUUAGGGUAUUUCUCUAA